AUGGGCGAGCCGUAUCUGGGGGUUGCGCGGAUCCUGCAUAACCUGCUGGUGCAUGCCGCACACGAGAUGCAUUCGGUGGCGGUAGUCUGUGCGUUGCAGACAGUCAAGCAGAUUGCAGUGCAGGAGGGCAGUGCAGGCGCCGCAGCCCAGCGUGCGCUGGCCGAGGUGGCAGCCAAAAUGUGCGCAAUGGCCGGUGGCAAUGCAAAUGCCCAGGACCGCGUGUGCCUCGUCUACUGUCUGUUCCACGGCUGGGCAGUGGCGCAGUCCGGCGCCAGCGAAGCGAAGAGAUGCUGGGAUUUUGCGCAAAUCCAGCAACGGCGUAUUGGCGAACACCGUGACGUCGCGGUCAAUCGUGGCUGGCCAGGUAUUGGCAUUGGACUUGCUGGACCUGCUCCUGCGCAAUAUCGACGACAGCACGCGCGUGUAUCCGCCAUUCUGCAUGCUGCACUGCAGCGCCAUGCCCAGCAUUGCCCGGCAAUGCGGGACGUCGACUGA